UUUCUCUCUCUCUCUCCUUCCAUGAUAUAAAAGUCAAACGGCCUCACAGAGGCCGUUUGACGAGUGGUACGAGUCUUGUCCUCGGUGGUCAUCGCGUCCGGAGAGCAAGCCAGAAGAUGUUCAUCGGCCGGUCUUUCCAUUGUCUUUUCCAUGAGGAGCUCGAAGUCAGAGGAGACGCCGGUCUGGUCAUCUAGCGAUCUAGUCAUCAGAGCUGCUGGUGAAACAAGAAGAGAAUGAUACCUUUAGCGGAUGAAGAUCAUUUUGGAUAGACUGAACUUUGUUGGGAACCAUGUAUUAGCUCUCAGCGUCGUUCACUGCUGGGCUAGCUAACUGUCUCGCAAUUCCACGAUGCAUGGAGAUUCAGCAGUACAUGGAGAUUUGAGUUUUAUAUUACUCUGGAGGUGGACACCAUGCACUUCCUCAGACGAUCUACAGGUCGGGCAUCGGUCGUUUCCUCUCCUGGUGUGCCCUCUCUCCGUGAAAGCUUCAGGAUGCUGGUGAUUCUCGUGCUAUGCUGCCUCCAGCUCGGUGCUUGCUCUGUUGGUCAAGAGGAUACCACCUUCGGAGAAGUAACCAGAAUCGAGACUCUUGUUGAGACUCUCCAGGAUCCAGAUUUCGACGCACGUGCAGAAUCGGCCGGGAAAGAGCAUGGCAGCAUCAACAUCGAGUUUUGGCUUCCUCCAGCGGCCUCCGUUGAAGCGCAUAUGGGCCAGCAACAAGCACACGGCGGUCCCAGCAGCCAGCGAGAGCUGCAGCAGUUUAGACUUCAGGAGGAAGCCGUGGACACUUCGUUAACGAUUCGUCAUGAGCCUCACCAUCGUUCUCUGGAGGAAUCUGCACGCUCCCGAAGAAUAUCUCGCACUUUGCUCCAAGACAGCUUCGGUGAGGCCGAUGCGCUCUUGCAAUUCAAGGCCGAAAUCGAAAACUACACGGACAACGCUUUGGAUGGAUGGACAACGGGGAAUCGCUCCACCUACUGCUCGUGGACGAGGGUCAUCUGCGACGAUGAGCUGCACGUGAUCUCCCUCAACUUCUCUGGGCUGAAGAUGAACGGCACUUUGGGUCCUUCGUUGGGCAAGCUCGAAUACCUUGAGGACCUCGAUUUGAGCCACAAUUUCCUGUUGAGCGAGCUGCCCGUGGAAUGGGGCCGGCUGCAGAGGCUGCAGACCUUGAACGUCCACGACAAUUAUCUCUUCGGUGGAGUUCCUGCAGAGUAUGGCAACAUGUCCAGCUUACGAGUCCUCUACAUCGGAGUGCAGGGCUGGUUCUUCAAUGGGUCGAUCCCGGAGGAGCUGGGUCUGCUCUCUGAGCUCGAGGUUCUGGCCCUGGGCACGCUCUUCAAUUUCGACGCCAAGCAGGAGUACUACCCUUACCGGUCGAACAAGAUGAGAGGCUCCAUUCCCAAGUCCAUCGCCAACUGCACGAAGCUGUGGUACUUGGAUUUCUUCGGCAACAACAAUCUGACGGGUCCCAUUCCGAGAGAGUACGGCCAGCUCGUCAAUCUGGAGUAUCUGAGCUUCGAGCAGAACAAUUUCACAGGCUCCAUCCCAUCCGAGCUCGGCAACCUGACGAAGAUCAAGUUCCUGCACUUGGGAAACAAUGCCCUGGAGCGAGAGUUCCCCGUGGAGCUGGCAUCGCUGUCGGAGCUUGAGUUCCUGAACGUGGGGACCAAUUUCCUGACGGGGAGUUUUCUGACAGUAGAAUCCACUUCAUGGAGUCGGCUCGACAACCUCUUCAUCGACGGGAAUAAAUUUCGUGGCGGCUUCCCAAGAGCUGUGACGGCCAUGACGGCGCUGACGAGGUUCUACAUGUUCAACAACGAGUUCACCGGCGGCCUUCCGGAGAACCUGGGGCAGCUGGCCAACCUUCAAGAGUUCAGCUUCCGCAGCAACCAGCUGGACGGGGAAUUGCCCGACAGCCUCAACAACUGCACGCAGCUCUUUCUGCUGGACGCAGCGAACAACGGGCUCACGGGCACGCUGGACCCGCUGAGAAACCUCUCGCUGCUCACGUACAUGAACCUCGGCACCAGCUACAGCUCGAAGAACAUCACGUGGGAGAACCUCCGAGGCCACACCCCCGACCUCGUCCUCAAUUCCUUCACGGGCACCCUCACGGACGACGUCAUCCUCCAGUGGCCGCUGCUGCAGUACCUGUAUCUCGACACCAAUGCCUUCACCGGCCCCAUCCCCAAAGUGCUGGGUGAUCUGGCCGACCUCAAGGACUUGCUGCUGAACGACAACGACUUCCGAGGCCCCAUUCCCGCCGAGCUCGGCAAGCUGUCGAAUUUGACGCUCCUCUUCCUGCAUAAUAACAAGCUGUCGGGGCCCAUACCCACCAGCUUGGCCGACCUGAAGAGCAUCCUGCAGAUCAAUCUGAGCAACAAUUCUCUGACAGGAGGGAUUCCCCCGGAGUUCGGAGGUCUGGAGAAUUUGCAGUACUUGCGCCUGCAUGUCAACAAGCUGACGGGCGAAAUACCUCCAGAGCUGGGGCGACUGCAGAAGAUGGUGUAUCUCAUCCUCCACAGCAACAACCUCACGGGAACCAUUCCCGCGUCUCUGGCGAACUGCAGCUCUCUGAAAAACACCAGGCUGAGCAACAACGAGCUCACGGGCACGGUGACUCAGAUUGACUUCUUGCAGCUGCGAUCCCUCGAGAGCUUCUCUGUCAACGGGAACCAGCUGGGCGGAGGGUUUCCCGUGAGCGUGUACAACUGCACGGAUCUGAAGCUCCUGGACCUGAGCAGCAAUGGAUUCUCAGGGGAGCUCCCCGACAGCUACGAAUACUCUCAGCCAGUGCUGCGCGAUUUGCGAGUUUUGGGACUAUCAUUCAACAAAUUCAGCGGCAGCGUGCCCGGCUGGAUCUGGAAGCUUCCGGAGCUGCAAGUGCUCGACUUGUCGCACAACUCGUUCACGGGAGUCUGGCCCACCAAUCUCUCGGGCUUGGAAGGCUUUAGUCGCCUAGAAGCGUCGCCAGACGACGACGGGGGAGGCAGCCGUGUCAGUAACAACAACCCCACGCAGAUCGAGGGGGAGGGGAGGAAAUUGUUCGAGCAAAUUUCCAUUCAGGCCAAAGGUCUGCGACUCGUGUACGAGUACGUCCUCGAGACUCUGAUCUCCAUCGACCUGUCAUACAACCAGCUCUCCGGGAGGCUCCCGUACGCGCUUGGAGAGCUGCGCGGGUUGACUUACUUGAAUCUGGCGCACAAUGAUUUCUCGGGCGAAAUCCCUCAGGUGUUCGGAGAUCUGUUGCUUCUGCAGUCGCUGGAUUUUUCGGUCAACUAUCUCACGGGGAAGAUUCCUGCGGUGCUGACCAGACCCAGCUUGGGCUAUCUGAACCUAUCCUACAACUACCUCGAGGGCGAGAUCCCCACGGCGAAUGCUUUCUCCACGAGGUACGACAUUUCGUCCUUCAAGCCCGGGAACGAUCAGCUCUGCGGGCCCCCGCUCGAGACCACUUGUGUGGCGCAAGACAGCAACGCAAGCGGAAGCUUGGCCACACCCGGGGCUCCGUCGUCCGAGCUCCUGGAUGGUACAUUCUGGCGGGCGUUCGAGAUCGGAGCGGCGAUCGGGGUCGUGAUUCUGUUGGGAACGCUGAGCAUAAUCCCCUUCACACGACACUGGCUUCUGCAUCCUCAAGUUUUCGCUCGCCCUUCCAAAAAAUUGAAAUUCGGAGUGUUCAGAGAACCGACUUAGACCGAAUCAUUCAGGAGCUGACUGCUGCGCACGUGACUGCUCGCUCUGGACUCCAGAUCCGAGGGGUCCAGCCGGGUUUUACGAGAGUGCGCAUGAACGGGGCAUCGCUGUCCGCCCUUUACAUGUGCUGGGCCCCUGGAGACCACAGUUGUCAGCACGGAGUCGUUCCAAUUGGACUGUGUAAAGUACAGCCCUCGGAAGGCCAGAUUCCACGACGAUUCACGAUUGAUACGAUACGAUUCAGGAUUUCAUACUUCCCUCGGAAGCUUUUGUCUCCAGACUGGAGAAGCGUCAUUGUAAUAUAAAGGCUCAGAGCUUUGAGUAGAUGCCACGUCCCGUUUGUAUCCAUCUUCCCGUGUAAAAUGUAUAGGGGAAGAUGCAUUUACAGAGUAAAUGCACUAAGUAUAAGGUAUUACUGAGUAUUUACUGUACUAUACUGGAGAGGAGCCAUAGAUUGAAAUGUUAGCCCAACAAACCAAGAAUAGAUAGAGCACUUCCAUCAUCCUGUUGGAAGAAAACGUGGUGAAAUCUUCCUCGACCACAUUGUUAUGUACCUCGGGGUUUCAGUGAGUUCUUGUUCCCUUCAGGCUGCGUCCAUAUGACACUUUCAACCAGUCGAAAUCUGGGGUGAUGAGAAUGAGAUUCUUUCCAUCGUCUUGAAAUGAAAUUUUGGACUAGAGGUUUCAAUUUUCGAAGGAGUCUUAUUCUACCAGCUUCUCCUUCUCACUUCAACCUCACAUAUGUAAUUUUUACACGAGAGUUUACGCUCGUGUAUCAUUAUGAAGACACCUUUCUUUGAGGAACUCUUUUAUUAUGUUCCUCCU